UGCGUAACCAGUCGACGGGCGUAAUUUAAUUAAACGUUCAUAUCGUGUUGUUCUGUGCUACAGUUAUGCGAAAGUACUGCCACAGCUCGUGAUAUCAAGCCAGCAAGCGAACAAAACAGAAAGAAAUUGGAAAUCUUACACUGCACACCUUCCGGUACCUUCGGAGGCGACUACGGAAAAGGCGGUGUGAAAGUCAAAGGACCCGAAGAGCGAAGUAUGAUAUACGAUUAUAAAUAGAACCAUCUUGGCCGUCUUACGUUCGCGAAGGAAGUACAGGUGCAAUAGGAAGUUUAGUGAACCUGUGGCACGGCGCUUAUCGAAACACAAAAGUGGAACAAGCCGAAACUGUGCCGAGUAAUCGUUCAUCAACUGCAAAGCCGUGGUCGUGGAGAGAAAAGUCCCGCAUUCGUACCGGUAACGAUUAGCCGGCUGUGCUAUGGCUGAAGCUCAUUCAGCUGUUGCAUUCUCGUUUUCCAUCACCCACGAGGGAUGGGACAUAAACUACGAUCGGGAGGUUCUGGAUCUCGUCUGGCAGUCUGGUGUUCGAUCCUGGAAGAAACGGCUAGCCCGUUGGAGGACUGGCGUCCGUAACGGAGUGUACCCGGCACAUUUGCAGAGCCUAUGGCUGGUAAUAGCUAUAGCAAUAGGAUUGCACUUUUCACAACGACACGUCCCGUUCGAUUUAGUUAACAAAUGGCUUUUUGUUUUGCCCGGUGACACACUGCAGUGGCAUCUGACGGCGUGUUCGCUGGCGGGUUUGGUAGUUUGGUUAUCGAUUUGCUACACGAUGCGAUACUCACUGAAACUGUUGCUCAUGUACAAGGGCUGGAUGUACGAGAAGCGCGCCCCAGGCAGCAAAGUAUCACUCCAGACCAGACUGUGGGCACUAUUUGUGAAAGUUCUUGCCACCUGGAACAAGCCGGGAUUGUACAGCUUCCAGGGAUCGCUCCCACGGCUGCCGUUGCCGAGCGUACAGGAUACGAUGAGUCGCUAUCUUCGUUCCGUUCGCCCGCUGCUCGAUGAUGCUAACUACAAUCGUAUGGAACGGCUAGCAAACGAGUUUCAGCGCGGCAUUGCCACGAAGCUACAGCGAUAUCUCGUGCUGAAGAGCUGGUGGUCGACGAACUACGUGUCCGAUUGGUGGGAAGAGUACGUAUAUCUGCGAGGCCGCGGUGCCCUGAUGGUAAACAGCAACUUCUAUGGCAUCGAUGCCAUUUUCAUGCACCCGACAAAGGUACAGAGCGCUCGGGCCGCUAGUGUGAUCAAUUUGUUGUUACAGUUCCGUCGGACCGUCGAACGACAAGAGCUUGAACCGAUUCUAGUGCAAGGACUGGUGCCACUGUGCUCCUGGCAGUACGAGCGUAUCUUCAACACGGUCCGUGCACCAGGUCUGGAGAGCGAUAAAAUUAUACACUACCAAGACUCGAACCAUAUCGUUGUGCUGUUCCGGGGCUGUUACUACAAGGUUAUCAUUUACCACAACGGCCGACUGCUGCGACCGUGUGAGCUGCAAAUUCAGAUCGAACACAUACUGCAGCAGCGCGAGGAAAAGCCACAGCCCGGCGAAGAGCUGCUCGCUUCGCUGACCGCUGGUGACCGUACCAAGUGGGCUCAGAUUCGUCAAACGGUGUUCGCCAAGGGAGCCAACCGCACAUCCCUUCACACCGUAGAGAGUGCUGCGUUCGUGCUGUCUUUGGAUGAGAACCCGUUCGAGUUCGAUCUUGCACACCCGGAAAAGCUGGACCAGUUCGGACGCUAUCUUCUUCACGGCAAUGGUCACGAUCGGUGGUUUGACAAGAGCUUCACCGUAUGCGUGGGAAGCAAUGGACGGAUUGGUUUCAAUGCAGAACAUACGUGGGCUGAUGCACCUGUUUUGGCACAUGUUUGGGAAAAUAUUGUCGCUGAUGAGGCAAUCAAUAAACGAUACGAUGAGAAUGGUAACACCGUUGGCAUUCCUGAGUUUGAGCCGCCCACUCCGAAGCGCUUGGUGUGGGACCUGAAUGACAAGGUGGCGCUAGAGGCAAUCGACGAGGCCCAUCUGGCAGCUCAGAAGCUGUUGAAUGACGUAGAUUUACGGAUUCUCGUACACGAUGCUUACGGCAAGGGACUGAUGAAAACGUGUCGCCUUUCCCCGGACGCGUUCAUACAGAUGGCCUUGCAGUUGGCAUACUACCGCGAUGCCGGCAAGUUCUCCCUCACAUACGAAGCUUCGAUGACUAGACUAUUCCGUGAGGGGCGCACGGAAACUGUUCGUCCGUGCACAAUCGAAUCCGCUGCUUGGGUGAAGGCGAUGCUCGAUAGCACCGUUUCGGUCCAAGAACGAGUGCGUCUACUGAAUGCCGCCUGUGACCGCCACCAGCUCGGUUAUCAGGACGCGAUGUGCGGCAAAGGUAUCGAUCGGCAUCUGUUUUGCUUAUAUGUCGUGUCCAAGUACCUGGAGAUCGACUCACCCUUCCUGCAGGAAGUGCUGAGUGAACCAUGGAGAUUAUCCACUAGUCAAACUCCGCACGGCCAAACCUCCAAGAUGGACCUGCGGAAGCAUCCGAAUUGCAUUAGCGCCGGCGGCGGGUUCGGCCCUGUCGCUGAUGAUGGGUACGGUGUGUCGUACAUUGUGGCAGGCGAAGAUCUUAUCUUCUUCCACAUUUCGUCCAAACGGUCCUGCGGCACCACGACCUCGGAACGAUUUGCACAGGAAAUUUGUCGCGCAUUAUCGGACAUGAAACAUCUGUUCGAGGAAUACCGCAGCCUACAGAAGAAGGGCAUCACAAACGGUGCCAAAGCGGACAAGUAGCAAUCUUAAACCAAGGCACACGUUAAAGUGGAAUACAAUCAUUCGUCUACCGACGGCCCACCAUAAUGCCGUUACGUACAUCACAAAACCUCACCCGACAGUAUCCUUCAAUGUUCGUUAACGUUCUAGAAGAGCGCUGUUGGUCAAAAACAAACCUACACAACCAUUCAAUGUUCAAUCUGACACUUUCCCAUGCGGCACCGCACUGCAAAACAUUCUAUUUUAGGUUGGACUUGUUACUAUAUUUGUUGAUAGUUAUUUCAAAUUUUUGACCUAGUAUAACAUACUUUCCUGGAGGCGUGCCUUUCAAUAGUGGAAAUCGUGAAGGAGAAAUAAUGUAUCGAACGAAGUACAAUAGUUUAAAUGUUAUUCUUGUGUUUCAUUCUAUUGUAGCCAAGGCAAAUCCCUGUGUGAAAAUCUGCCUGCUGUUGUUACGCUGUUGCAGUCUAACUUUCCAAGGAAUUGAAUGGAUAAAGAUGUGAGAACCAAUUAAUAUCAGAAAAAAACUAAAAAUGGAUCAAACAUCAACGCAAUCAUCAAUGCAAUGCAAUAAGAGACCAUUUUAUGAUGUACGUAGAAAUUGUUUCCCACUUUGAUUUUGUUUUUUUAAAUAUAGAGUUUACGAUUAGUUUGUUGUAGAUAAAUAGAAAACAGGAGCAUUAUAGGAAAUAGUAUAGUAGAUUUUAGGGAAAAACACAAGUAUAUUUGAGAGAGUUACGAUAAACUAUGGAUGGUGGAACUAUGCGAAGUAGAGAAAAGAAGCUAUCCACUUUUUUAACUCUUGUACAUCUGUGUAUAAAGCCAAUUUUUUGGAAAUAAAUACUGAACC